AUGAACAGCUCCACAGCAGGCUCCGAGGGGGGCUGGCAUCCCGAGUCCGUGAUCAUCCCCCUGGUGUACCUCGUCAUCUUCCUCGUGGGCACGGUGGGCAACAGCCUGGUCCUGGCCGUGCUGCUGCGCAACGGGCAGGUGCAGAACACCACCAACCUCUUCAUCCUCAACCUGGGGGUGGCCGACCUCUGCUUCAUCCUCUUCUGCGUCCCCUUCCAAGCCACCAUCUACACCCUGGAGGGGUGGGUGUUUGGGCCCUUCAUGUGCAAGGCUGUCCACUUCUUCAUCUACCUCACCAUGUACGCCAGCAGCUUCACCCUGGCCACCGUCUCCCUCGACAGGUAUUUGGCCAUACGAUACCCCCUGCACUCGAGGGAGCUGAGGACGCCCCGGAACGCCCUCAUGGCCAUCGGCCUCAUCUGGGGGCUUUCCUUCAUCUUCUCGGGCCCUUACCUCAGCUACUACCAGGAAUUCCAGCUGGCCAACCUGACCGUGUGCCACCCCAUCUGGGAGAUCUCCCAGCGCAAGGUCAUGGACAUCUGCACCUUCGUCUUCAGCUACAUCAUCCCGGUGCUGAUCCUGAGCCUCACUUACGUGCGGACUAUUCGCUACCUGUGGAAGUCCGUGGACCCUCUCCAAGACAUGUCCGAGUCCAAGAAGGCCAAACGGAAGGUCACCAGGAUGAUCAUCAUUGUGGCCGUGCUGUUCUGCCUCUGUUGGCUGCCCCACCACCUGGUCAUCCUCUGCGUCUGGUUCGGGUACUUCCCCCUCAACCACUCCACGUACGUGCUCCGCAUCCUGUCGCACGUCAUCUCCUACGCCAACUCCUGCGUCAAUCCCAUCGUCUACGCCCUGGUCUCCAAACUCCGCAAGGGCUUCAAGAAGAUCUUCAGCUGCCUCCUGCACAAGAAGGCAGCCCACAGGGUGCACGUGGCCCAGGUGACCAACACCGUCAGCACGCUGGAGGCAGAGCUCAGCGAGGUGACCCAGCUCAGCGAGGCCCUGCCCGGCCGCUCCGCCACACGCUGCAGGGUCCCAGCCCAGCCCUGGGGGGAGGUGGAGCUGGUGGGACAGCAGCACAAAGCAGAUGGCUCCUUCGUCACCUUCAGUGUCAGCUAGCAGAGCUUCUCCCCGCCCCACGGCUUUGCGGGCUCCUGCAGCAAUGGCAGGCCUGGGGACAGGCUACGUUUUGGGCUGAA